AUGAUUCAAAGACUCAUUUGUCAUACUGAGAACAUAAACAUGCUAGAUAAUCAUGGUUUAACAUCAUUGAUUUGUGCAGUAAUGAAUGAGGACAAACCCGGUUCAUCUACUGUAAGAAAUUCCCUACCCACAAUCAAGUUUUUACUAGUCAAGGGCGCCGAUCCUAACUUAUGUCAUAUAGGAAAUGGUCCUCUGCAUACAGCUUGUGCAAAUGGACAUGAUAACACGGUACAACUGCUGCUGAACAAUGGCGCUGAUAUUAAUUUAUGUGAUAAUGAUGGAGACAGUCCUCUUUAUUUUGCUUGUCAAAAUGGACAUGAUAACACGGUACAGCUGUUAUUGAACAAUGGCGCUGAUGUUAAUUUAUGUAAGAAGAAUAGAGUCAGUCCUCUAUAUAUAGCUUGUCAAAAUGGACAUGACAAUACGGUAGAAUUGUUACUGAAGAAUAGCGUUAAUAUCAAUUUAGUUACGAAUGAAGGCGCCAGUCCUCUUCAUGUAACUUGCUUUAAUGGACAUGACAGCAUAGUGCAGAUGCUACUGAAUACUGGCGCCGAUAUCAAUUUGUGCGACAAGAAUGGAGUCAGUCCUCUGUUUUUGGCUUGUUGUAAAGAACAUGAGAGGACGGUACAACUGUUACUGAACAAUGAUGCCGAUAUUAAUUUAUGUAAGAAUGAUGCAUUCAAUCUUCUAUUCAUAACUAGUUGUAUUGGUCAAGAAAGAAAGGAAGUCAACGAAAAAAUUCCGUACCCACAAUCCAGUUUUUACUAGCCAAGGGCGCAGAUCCUAACCUAUGUCAUAUAGGAAAUGGUCUUCUGCAUACAGAUUGUGCGAAUGGACAUGAUAUCAUGGUGCAACUGUUACUGAACAAUGGCGCCGAUGUUAAUUAAUGUAAUAAGAAUGGAGUCAGUCCUCGAUAUACAUGUUAUAUCAAUAAAUUCAUGUAAUGAGAAUGAAGAUAACCCACUCCACGUAGACAAGGAAACCCUAUAGGACCUUUACUUUUCUGUUAGCAAGGACCUACUUUUCAUUGUGAAAAUGGAUUCACUGGAAAAAUCAAUAUGAAGCCCUGUUUUAUGUGAGAAGCUCAAUCGCCCUGUUAUAUAUUUCGUCUCAAAACUGCUUAUUUCCCGGCCAAAACGGCGCUAUAAACACUACUACUGUGCUAAUUUCUACAUCAAACAUUUGUUUUUGAUAAUGACUCAUUGAAGUAUUUCAUGUGAAGUAUCCUAUCAUUGGACGACUGAUACAACCUCUUAAUAAUAAAUUAUGUAAAACAAAAUGUGUUUUCCUU